UGCAAAGAAAAGAAGACAUAGUCAAGAAGAAUAUUUUGACAGCAAGUGUUCUGUGAUUUUGACGUUCAUAAUUUAUUUCAUUUCUCAAUUUAAUUUUAGAAAAAAAUAUAUAUAAAUAUGGCUCUACGACUAGGAGGUGCUUUAAAAGAAUUGAGAAUUCAUCUAUGCCAGACAGGCGCUGGAAGUAAAGGGGUCAGGGAAUUCAUAGAAAGCUGCUAUGUAGAGUUAAAAUCUAGCAAUCCCAAGUUUCCAAUUCUUAUAAGAGAAUGUUCUGGAGUUGAACCCAAAGUGUGGGCACGAUACGAAAAAGGAAAAGAAAAAGCUGCUACUUUAAAGGAUUUAUCAGCUAAUGAUGUAAAAUCUAUUAUUGGAAAAUUAGCUAAAGGUCCAUAAACUUUAUAUAAUAA